AUGGUAAAGUUUCUCUACAGCAACAACUUUUUUCUGAUAUCUACAAAACAAAAAAAAAUAACGAUAGAUACAGUUGAAUCAGGCAAAUUGAUAUUACAAGAAAAACUUUGCAAAAAGAGGAUAUUUCUUGUGCUUGACAAUGUUAAGGAAUUGGACCAAUUGAAUGCUUUGUGCGGGAGUCUCAAAUGUUUUGGUCAAGGAAGUAAAAUAAUCAUCACAACAAAAGAUCUACAUGUACUUCACACUCAUAAAGUUAGCUGUGUAUAUGAAAUAGAAGCAUUGGACCAAUAUGAAUCUCUUCAACUUUUUAGUUGGCAUGCCUUCAAGGAACCAAGUCCUAUGAAUGGUUUUGUUGAUCUUUCUAGAGAUUUUAUUGAGUACUCCGGGGAAGUGCCACUAGUUCUUCAAGUUAUCGCGUCCUUUUUGUUGACUAGGCGAAGCAAAAUAGAGUGGAAGAGUGUAUUGGAGAAACUCAAAUGCAUUCCCAAGGACAAUGUAGCCGAGAAGCUGAGAAUAAGUUAUGAUGGUUUAAGGGAUAAUGAUAUUAAAGAGAUAUUCCUUGAUAUUGCUGUUUUCUUUAUUGGGAUGGACCAGAAAGAUGCAACUAAAAUAUUGAAAGACUCUGGUCAUUUUGUAGAUAUUGGAAUGAGUGUCCUUGUACAACAAAGCCUUGUAACUGUUGAUCGGAAUAAAAAGAUUGGAAUGCAUGAUUUGCUGGAAGACAUGGCAAGUGAGAUCAUAAGGAGAAAGUCAGAGAGUGUAGCUAAGGUAAGAUAUCGUUUUUCUAGGUUCUAG